CUCACAUUCGGCCAUAAUCAUAACAGAACAUGUGCAUCACGGGAAUAAAGUGAAAUUUUAAAUACAAGUGGUGGCAAUAUAAAUUUUUGAAAGGAUAUUAUUUUUCGCUGAACGAUGGCUAUCGAAACAAUUCAUAAAGCGGGAGCUUGGAAGCAAACCAACAAAUCCCACAAACACGGGAAACACUCUUCAAAGCGAGCACUGGAUCGGAUCGCCAAAGGGAAAGCCAACGUUAAAUCCGUAACGAAAAAGACCAAAAGAGAGCUCGGUCGGGAAGAUCGUCGUCGUCAGGCUAAUCAAAUUCGUAAAAAUAAGCGUCAGGAAGCGAUAUCACUGAAAAGAGCAUUAGGUGGUGCAACGACGGCUCCGUUUUUAACCUGUGUAUUGCCGCUACACGCGAAUGUCGAUACGAAUUCGGCUCUAGCCAUAAUUGAAGGCUGCGACGAGGAAGCAACUAUCCAGAAACUUUCCAAUGGAAUUCGUUAUAUAAAUGUGCCCCGAUUUCGUCAGCGUUUCUCUUUCUUGUGUCCUCAAACGGGUCACGGACGUGAACUGGAAAUUCUCGAUUCACUUAAAGUAUGCGAUUCGACCAUACUACUUAUUUCUGCAACCGAGGCUGACGAUGAUGUGAUUGAUAAAGUCGGUGCGAAAAUCCUAAACAUGGCACUUAGUCAAGGAUUGCCAACUCCGAUGGUCUGCCUAAUGGAUCUGGAAUCGAUUGCCCCUAAGAAGCGAUGUCAAGUUAAGGCGAACGUACAGAAAGCUAUCGCAACGGUUCUACCUGAUGAGAAACUAAUGUCGUUGGAUACUAGUACCGACGGAUUGAAUUUACUCCGUCGAGUUGGAGGACAGAAAAGGAAAAUUCUGCACAAUAAAGCAAAUCGGCCGCACUUACUCGGGGAAAACGUGGAAUAUGUUUCGGAAAUAGGCGAACAGCACGUUGGAACGCUAAAAAUUACCGGAUUUUUGAGAGGUGUUCCUUUAUCGGUUAAUCAACUGGUUCAUAUUCCGGGUUUGGGAGAUUUCCAAAUGUCAGAUAUCUACACACUGGAUGAUCCUUACAAGAUGAGGAAAAAUGAUGAAGAAAUGUCUUCGACAAACUUGAAGCUGUUGGCCAAAGCAAAUCCGCAGAAGCAAACAAGUCUACAAAGAGAAAACAUCCCGGAUGAGAUGGAUGCGGAGCAAACAUGGCCAACAGAAGAAGAAAUUGAAGCAUCUAAGAACGAAAAUAAGAAAAAGCUGAUUAAACGCAUUCCUAAAGGUAUGAGUGACUAUCAGGCGGCAUGGAUACCGGAUAUUGAGGAGGUCUCUGAAAACGAUAGCGAUGACGAUGAUGAUGAUGAUGAAGAUGACGAGGACAGUUAUAUGUCAUGCGAAUCGGACACCGAAAGUAAGGCAGAAGAAGAUGCUGAAGAAGACGAAGAGUUUGAUGAGGUCAGCAUAUCUGAUGGUCCAGUAUCCGCCGACAAGUAUGACAAUCAGAUGGACAUGGAAGAGGAUAAAAGAACUUUGGCAAAGAUUCAGGCUGCUAAAGAUGAUGAAGUCUUUCCGGAUGAGGUUGACACUCCUGCGAAUAUCCCAGCAAGGGAACGAUUCCGUAAAUACCGCGGAUUGGAAUCCUUCCGAACCUCUCCUUGGGAUGUAAAGGAAAAUCUUCCUUUGGACUACGCUAGAAUCUAUCAGUUUAAAAAUUUUGAUCGCACCAAAAGGAGAAUUAUCAAGGAAGCUCAAGAUAUAGAUGAUGGAGUCAUGCCCGGAUGGUAUAUUCAGAUUCACGUCAUUAACGUUCCUCAAGAUUUGUGGAAUACCUACAUUUCGGCUGGGAAUGGCACCCACUUUGUCGUCUACGGUUUGCUACCCCAUGAACAUCAAAUGUCUGUCAUGAACGUAUGCCUUAAGCGAACUCCCAAUUCCACAAUCCCCAUCCAAUCCAAGGAACGUUUGAUCGUUCAAUGCGGCUACAGGCGGUUUAUUGUUAAUCCUAUAUUUAGUCAGCACACAAACGCCGAUAAACAUAAGUAUGAACGUUUCUUCCGCCCUGGUAUGACUGUGGUUGCUACGUUCUUCGCUCCAAUUCAAUUUCCACCUGCUCCGGUGAUCUGUUUCCGCGAAAAUCCAGACACCUCACUAGCGAUGGUUGCCACGGGCAGUAUAAUCAACUGCAGUCCGGAUCGAGUGGUACUAAAGCGUGCUGUGAUCAGUGGGCAUCCGUUUAAGAUCCACCGGAAGUCGGCCGUCAUUCGUUACAUGUUUUUCAAUCCGGAAGAUAUUGAGUACUUCAAACCGUGCAAGCUAAGGACCAAGCUUGGACGGUUGGGUCAUAUCAAGGAAUCGCUGGGAACUCAUGGUCACAUGAAGUGCGUAUUUGAUACGCAACUAAAGUCACACGAUACGGUGCUUUUGUACCUUUACAAGCGAGUUUAUCCGAAGUGGACUUACGAGGACUGCAUUGUUUCAUGUGAAGUGAUGCAAGAGUGAUUGGGGGUCACCAGGUAAAUUUAUAAAUACUAAUAUACCAUUUUAUGGUUGAAUUUGAUAUAUUAUAACGGUC